GGUAAGGGUGGUGAGGACAAUCCUCUUGGGGAACUCUGAGAGAAUGACUCACACCCAAGGCAGGCAGGUUACAGCUGGGUCCACAGGUGUGCUCUACGGUGUGCCAAGUUGUAAGAGCAACUGAAGAGGCAGGAGGCAGCUGCGUGGGCCCGGAACUCCCCAGGGCAAGAGUUGCCAGGCAUGGCGUUGACUGUGGAUGUGGUGGGACCAGCACCUUGGGGCUUCCGCAUUAGCGGAGGAAGGGAUUUCCAUACACCCAUCAUUGUGACGAAGGUCACAGAGAGGGGCAAGGCGGAGGCAGCUGAUCUCCGGCCUGGCGACAUCAUUGUGGCCAUCAAUGGAGAGAGUGCCGAGAGCAUGCUACAUGUGGAGGCCCAAAGCAAGAUCCGACAGAGUGCCUCACCCCUAAGACUGCAGCUGGACCGGUCCCAAACUGCCUCUCCUGGGCAGAUCAAUGGGGAGGGCUCCUUGGACAUGCUGGCAACUAGAUUCCAGGGCUCCCUGAGGACACACCAUAACAGCCAGUCUUCCCAGAGAUCUGCCUGCUUCAGCCCAGACUCUCUCAGUCCCAGGCCAGACAGCCCUUUCUCCACUCCACCCCCUACCAGCCCAAUUGCCCUUUCUGGAGAGAAUGUGAUUGGCUGUAGUUUCCAGAGUCUGACACACUCUCCAGGUCUUGCUGCUACUCACCACUUGACCUACCCUGGCCAGCCCACCAGCCAACAGGCCGGCCACAGCAGCCCAAGCGACUCCACAGUGAGGGUGCUGCUUCAUUCCCCAGGACGACCCUCCAGCCCCAGGUUAAGCAGUUUGGACCUGGAGGAGGACUCAGAGGUGUUCAAGAUGCUGCAGGAGAACCGCCAGGGACGGGCUGCCCCAAGGCAGUCCAGCUCUUUUCGGCUCUUACAGGAAGCCUUGGAGGCUGAGGAAAGAGGCGGCACACCUGCCUUUGUGCCCAGCUCGCUGAGUCCCCAGGCUUCCUUGCCCACCUCCAGGGCCUUGGCCACGCCACCCAAACUCCACACCUGUGAGAAGUGCAGCGUCAACAUCUCGAACCAGGCAGUCCGCAUCCAGGAGGGGAGGUACCGACAUCCUGGCUGCUACACCUGCGCAGACUGCGGGCUGAACCUGAAGAUGCGGGGUCACUUCUGGGUGGGAAACGAGUUGUACUGUGAGAAGCACGCCCGCCAGCGCUACUCAAUGCCUGGAACUCUCAGCUCUCAAGCCUGAGCCAAAAGGUGCUCAGCCUUGUCUGCACUCUCAGACUCUGCAGACACAACCACACUGAGCAAGCAGGGAAGGGGUGAUGAUAGCAGUUGAUAGAACUAAGGCUGGGGAGUCCCCUUUGUCCUUGCUGGGUGAGGCCAAGGGUUGGGACUAGUGGCAGAUUGCUAGUGCUGAGAACAAUUCCACUCUCUCUGGCCUUUCUCCUGCAGGCCAGGUUCUAUACUACAGUCUGAAGUGGCCGCCAUAUUUGACAAGUUUGCAUAUAGGGUUGGGCACAGGUAGAAGUAUCUAGAAGGGAAAGGUGGGCCUGAGGUUAAUGAUAUUCAUGGUAUGAAGUUUCUAACAUAUGAAGUAUAUAUACAUGUGGCUAAAAUUAAGUAGUGUCCUUUCUUCUCUCUUUCCCUGUUCCUGGGAAGAAAGUUUUUAUUUAUAGGGACUUUCUUUUUCCUCCCCGCUUAAGGCCCGCCUGCUAUGCACCCCAUUGCAGAGGCCUGUUUCUUCUUUUUCUUUUUCAUACCUUUGAGACAGUAUGCUAGCUACCUCAAACUUAAAAUUUUCCCUCUUAGCUGUGGAGCUGUGGGCAUGUGCCUCACCACAGUCACUUACUUCCUUAUGUUGGGGGUCUGUGCUUCCUUAACUCUUUUGUAAAGGUGCUCCUUUAAAAAAUGGUUGCUUAUGUUUGGAGGGAGUGGGUUUCUUCUCUGAAGUUAGGAGAGACACAGAAACGGAGGACCAGGAAGAGCUUCCUGGCAAGACAGCCAAACACACCAUAAACUCAGCUGUGGGCAGAGCUGGACUGCGACUUGACCUUCACUCAGUUGGAUGCUACCAGCCUCACUGAUUACCAGUGUGCACAGAUGGGCAGGGCAGACAAGGGGGGAUCCAGUGAUGAUGUGUGGGUGGAGGAAGUUCAUCCCUCAGGCUACUUGAGGGAACAAUGAUCCAUCAACCCAGGAUAACCUUGGACCAGAGCUGCAGGGUGGCCUUGCUCAGGAUGGGCUGAGGCUUGAGACAGUCCAACAGAGUACCACCCACCAAGAGCUGGGUCUCAGCCUGGCUGGUCUGCUCGUGCUUGAUUUCAUUGAUUUGAGGGAAAUACACCAGGUGUGUGUCUGGUGGUCAGCAUCCUGCCCUGUGUGGGGUGCAUUUGAACAGAGAGGAUGUAGAGAACAGUGGUCUUUUGCAAACCCUUAA